AUGAGCCCCAAAGUAUUAGUACUCGACAUCGAAGGUACUGUCUGCUCGAUCUCCUUCGUCAAGGAUGUGCUAUACCCAUACUUCAUGGAUCAAUUCGAGGUUUUCUUGGCCGAUUUGGACUACCCGUUGCUGAACAAGCCCGUUGGCCAAACCCCCACGGACACCGAGUUGAUCAAUAAUAUCGUGGCUCAGUUCCCGCAGCACGCAACACUCGAUGCUGUCGCAUCACAUAUCCGCCAGUUGGUCGCCAAUGACGUCAAGGACCCGAUUCUUAAGUCGUUCCAGGGAUUUGUGUGGAAAUUGGGAUAUGAAAAAGGUGAUUUGUUGGCACCCAUUUACCCAGACGCUAUCAAUGUGAUCAAGACGUUUUCUCAGCACAGUAAGAUAUACAUCUACUCGAGCGGCAGUGUCAAGGCCCAGAAGUUGUUGUUUAAAUACGUCAAAGAUGGCAACAACGUGGUGGACUUGAACCAAUACUUGAGUGGGUACUUUGACAUCACCACGGCUGGAUCCAAGCAAGAGGCUAGUUCGUACGAGAGUAUUCUAAAGAGCAUUGGCUACGACACCAAUCCAUCACAUGUGUUGUUUUUGAGCGACAACGUGAAGGAAAUCCACGCAGCAAAAGAAGCGGGCAUAGCCGUCAGCAUCGUCGACAGACCGGGCAACGCACCGGUUUCUCAGGAUGACAUUGACACUCACGGCAUUGUGCACAGCUUGGAGGAGUUACCGUGGUAA